CAUAAUUUUUGGCCUGUGGUUCCGCCGCAACUUUGCCGCUUUGGGCUCGACUGUGACUGUGACUCUCGUCAUCUCAAACACCUCUCGAGGCUUCUUUGAUCACGAUUGCAGAUAGAAGAGCGACUCGGCGCGGCUUUUCCGACUUAGAAGAGGCGCAUACCCUCGUCUUGCUCGCGCUGCCUCCUGCCUCUUCGGUCGCGUUGGACGACGUUGGUCACGUCAAGAUGUCAGUGAUCAACCUGAGCGCCUCCACCUCUGUCCUUUCCCAUCCCCAUCCCAACCCCGAGCCUGACUCUGCCUCGGCUUUCGCAUCAACAUCGCAAGCUCCUCACUUCAGAACAUCUUACAAACUUAGAAGGAGGCUGCAACCUUUCUAUAGCGGUGGAAGUUUGGUCUUCACACCGGAUGGGGAGUGGAUCGUCAGCACGCUGGACCAGGAAGCUGUCUUCUGUCACUUGAGGACCGGAAAGGUCGCGGGAAAGAUACCCAGCGACACGGAGGAUAUUACCUGCCUCACCAUCACGCCUGAUGGACAGCACCUCAUCGUAGCCUCUCGUUCCCUAUCGCUACGCAUCUUUGCUCUAGAAUGGCCAUCGUCAGAGCAAGUCGAGCCAAAGCUUCUUCGAACACUGGCCAGAGCACACGAUGCGCCCGUAGCCAUCCUCUCUGUCGAUCCCACAUCCACCCUGGUCGCCAGUGGAGCUGCGGACGGCGUGGCGAAAGUGUGGGAUGUUGUGGGAGGCUUCUGCACGCACGUGUUCAGGGGACAUGGAGGCAUUGUCAGCGCGCUCAAGUGGAACUUCUCGACGCCCAAUUUGCAAGGUGCACGAGAAGGAGGAGAGAGGAGAAUGGAGCUGUUUACGGGAAGCAUAGAUGGUAGGAUACGAUGUUGGGAUCUCAACGCUCGGAUUCAGAACACCGCAAAUCACAAGGCGGUCGCUGUCUUGCCUGCUCAUGUGUCCGUAGUGAGAGGCCUCGCCCUCUCGUCAGACGGCAAUACGCUUAUCAGCGGAUCUAGAGAUCGAACGCUGUCAUUUUGGAAGAGGGCACCUUCAACAAGCUCAUCCAAGAUGCAACGGUGGGAGAUGUCAGACACCAUCACGGCUGGCGAAGGCAUCGAAGUGGCGGACUUCUUGCCGAUAGGGUGCAAGGUCGGCUCUGCAGGCUCUAAGAGUGUCCAAGAUAUCUUUUGGACGGCCGGUUCAGAGGGAGAGGUUCGUCUAUGGAGUUUGUCUGGUCGAUGCGUCGUCAAGACUCAGCCUGGUGGAAGGUGGGAUCGGCAGAUGGUCCAACAAAAACAAAGUGGAGAGGAAAAUGAUCCGGAAGAGGCGAGAGCUGUUGUGGAUGCGCACUACUUGCCCACUCUGGACGCGAUUGCCAGCAUACACGCGGAUCAAAAUGUCAACUUGCUCAGUACGCCCCGGCCAUCUGAGACGGCGACCGCUGCACCUCUCCUGACGCAACUUUUCCAAUUAGUUGGAUUCAACGACGAGAUUGUGGACCUUGCCUUGCUCAACAAUGCCCAAUCGCUCAAGGGGGAAAGUCACCUUGCGGUGGCAACCAACAGCUCUACUAUUCGAGUAUAUGACUUGGAAAGGGACAGUCAACAUGUGCAGAUGCUGCCUGUGGAGUCUGCUGAUGGCACCGGGCACUCUGCGAUCGUCCUGUCCUUAGACAAGAGCUGGGACGGCAAGUGGCUCUUGAGCGGCUCGAAAGACCGCAGCGCGCGCGUCUGGGCUUGGGCGCCUCGCGUUGGGUCCAGUUCACAUGCUGUACAUGAAGCGACCGAUGAUGCGCAAGAGUACAAUUUAGAAACGAGGGGCACCGCUGGAGAAUGGAAAUGCGUGGCUGUUGCGGAAGGUCAUGCCGAAUCCGUGGGUGCUGUGGCGUUUGCUCGGAAACCCGCGACGCCAGGAGCGACAGGAGCACCGUUCAUGGUCACUGGAUCUCAAGAUCGGACAGUCAAAGUCUGGGACUUGUCUUCCCUUUCGAGAGCGCUAGGGCAAGGCGUACCGUCCCAACCCAUCAAAUUGCAGAGCCUUGCCACGCUCAAAGUGCAUGACAAAGACGUCAAUGCGCUGGACAUUGCGCCCAACAAUGCUCUGCUCUUGUCCGGUUCGCAAGAUCGGACCGCGAAGCUGUGGACGUUGAGCUACUCGGCGCCGAGCAAGAAUAACGGACAGACGGCGAGCGCAUCCAUCAAGCCGCUUUCGACGUGCAAAGCGCACAAGAGAGGCAUUUGGGCCGUCAAAUUCUCGCCUGCGGAUCCCGCCUUCAUCACGGCUUCGGGCGAUCGCACGAUUCGCAUGUGGUCCCUCAAGGACUUUGCCUGCGUCAAGACCUUUGAAGGUCACACGAAUGGCGUCUUGAGAGUAGACUUUAUGGAUCAAAAGGGUAUGCAAAUCGUCAGCACGGCCAGCGAUGGAUUGAUCAAGGUGUGGAAUGUCAAAGAUGAAGCGUGCGUGACUACGUUGGACGGACACGAUGAGAGGGUGUGGGGACUGGGAGUCAGAAGGGACGGGGAGAUCGUAAGCGCUGGGGCGGACAGCAGGAUCUGCUUUUGGCAAGACAUGACUGUCCAAGAUGAGGUCGAGAAGGCCAAAGAUAGGGAAAUCGCAGUCGAAAGAGAACAACAAUUCUCCAACUUGCUCACCCUGAAGGACUACAGGAAUGCCAUUGCGUUGGCUCUGAGGUCCAAUCAGCCGAGAAGGUUACUGAGUCUCUUUACGACUGUGAACGCGAACAGACCAGAUGGGCAAGGAUCUCAAGCUGCAGGACAACUGUUGCAGAGCGCCUUGCAAGCAGCUUAUGCGCCGACUGCUUCGGCUGAAGACCCAACACUCAAAGCUUUGCAAGCAGCUGGAGUCUUCUCAGCCAAGUCUAGCGCUGCUCGAUUUGCCAAUGGAGUAGCAGACAAGCAGGAAGGAAAUGCCGACAGCGAGUCGAUCACCGGAUCGAUGGCUGUAGAUCAGGUCAUUGGCAAGCUGCCACAGCGUCUUUUGAAGCAGCUCUUGUUCUACGUCAGGGAUUGGAAUACCACUGCUCGCACUGCACCCGUGGCGCAGAUCGUCCUUCAUGCCAUUUUGCGCGCUUACUCGGCCGAGCAGAUCAUUGACGCUUUCCAGCCGCCCGCCAAAUCUUCCUCGGCGGAUAAUGGAGAGGAGAAACUGCGGGAGGAAGAAGAAGAUGAUGAGGCAGGGGAGAGCGAGCAGGCUAAAAGGAAAAAGAGGAGAAGUGAAAGAGCGGGACAGAUGUACAAGGGAGAUUUGAAUUCGGUCAUUGAUGCACUCUUGCCCUACACCGAAAGGCACUAUGCGAGAGCCGACAGGAUGCUGACGGAGAGCGCUGUGCUGAGCUACACGCUUGCGGCUAUGGACAGCGUACUCGGACUGGACUUUGAGAUGGAUCAGCAAGAUGAGCUGCUGGAACAAGAGGGCAGGAUGGACGUGGACGAUGAGCUCAUUGCUGAGAGCGAUGGACGAGAGGAGAUUUCGUCGGAUGAAGAAGAACCAGAAUUUUACGAAUAGACGUCGGAGCUGGACCUCGUUGCCCUGUUGCUCGAAGCUGUCAUUGCAAUAUUUCAAUGCUCAUCUCUUUGUAGUGUAUGCCAAUUCAUUGCAUC